CGUGAAUUGAGACGCACUCCUCCGUCGACGGAAGGCGGUCCGUUCACAAAUACUGCUCGACUACACACUCACCAAACAUCUGACCUUAUGAGAUCUCCGGACGGGACUGGUCUCCGAAUCUAGCAGUCUCGUUAUAGAAACUAAUAUAUGAUUGUAAGUCCAUUCAGAAUGCCUGGAUCACUCCCUGCAAUUUGUGAGGCCACAUGGCCUAAAGAUGUGGGAAUCAUCGCCAUGGAGGUGUACGUGCCCUCUCAGUACGUGGACCAAGCAGAGCUGGAAGAGUACGAUGGCGUCGGGGCCGGCAAAUACACCGUUGGGCUGGGACAGGCGCGCAUGGGUUUCUGCUCGGACCGGGAGGACAUUAACUCUCUGUGCCUGACGGUGGUGCAGCGAUUAAUGGAGAGGAACAGCCUGUCCUACGACAGCGUGGGUAGGCUGGAGGUGGGCACGGAAACCAUCAUCGAUAAAUCCAAAUCCACCAAGACUGUCCUGAUGCAGCUGUUCGAAGAGUCGGGCAACACUGACGUGGAGGGAGUGGACACCACUAACGCGUGCUAUGGAGGAACCGCUGCGCUCUUCAACGCCGUCAACUGGGUGGAGUCCAGCUCCUGGGACGGUCGCUACGCUCUGGUUGUUGCUGGUGAUAUUGCCGUUUAUGCCACGGGCAGCGCCAGGCCUACAGGGGGAGCUGGAGCCGUGGCCAUGCUAGUUGGACCCAACGCCCCUCUGGCCUUUGAGAGAGGGCUUCGUGGGACACAUAUGCAGCAUGCAUAUGAUUUCUAUAAGCCAGAUAUGGUGUCUGAGUAUCCAGUGGUGGACGGCAAGCUUUCCAUCCAGUGUUACCUCAGUGCUUUAGAUCGAUGCUACGCUGUCUUCAAGAACAAGAUCCAUGCCCAGUGGCAAAGAGAGGGUCUUGAAAGGCGCUGCAGUCUUGAAGACUUUGGCUUCAUGGUGUUCCACUCUCCUUACUGCAAACUGGUCCAGAAGUCUUUGGCUCGCCUAAUGCUCAACGAUUUCCUCCAUCAUCCCAGUCCAAACACAGAGAGCGGCCCCUUCAGCGGCCUGGAAGCUUUCAGAGAUGUGAAGAUUGAGGACACUUAUUUUGACAGAGAUGUGGAGAAGGCCUUUAUGAAAGCCAGUUCAGAACUGUUUGAGAAUAAAACCAAGGCGUCUCUCCUCAUAUCGAACCAGAAUGGCAACAUGUACACACCAUCAGUGUACGGCUGCUUGGCUUCAGUUCUCGCACAACAUACACCCCAGCAGUUGGCAGGGCAGAGAGUUGGUGUGUUUUCUUACGGCUCAGGCUUUGCUGCCACACUCUACUCCAUCAGAGUCACACAAGACGCCACACCUGGCUCUGCUUUGGAUAAGUUGGUCUCCAGCCUGUGUGACCUGCAGGCCAGACUGGACUCUAGAAAGAAGGUUUCACCGGGUGUUUUUGCUGAGAACAUGAAGCUCAGAGAAGAAACUCAUCAUUUAGCAAACUACAUCCCUCAAGGCUCAGUAGAUGAACUUUCCCCAGGAACAUGGUACCUCACUCGUGUGGAUGAGAAGCAUCGUAGGCAGUAUGCCAGGCGCUCUAUGAACGAUGACAGACCUCUGGAGGCUGGACUGGUCACUUCCAGCAUUGCUGCUGAGCAUGUUCCCAGCCCACUCAAGAAGAUGCCCCGUAUCCCAACUACCACAGCUGGCCCUGAGGUGGUCGUCAUUAGUAACGGGGAUCAUUAAUUUACCUCUGUGAGGUGCACAUAAUGGCAGAUCACAUGAUCUGUAAAAGAAACAAGCUAAAAAGGGCCCCAGGACUUCUGAAGCCGUAUCACUUGUCAAUGAGUGAUAUGAAACUCAAACUCAAAGCUUUUUAAAUGUUCCAGGACAGAAUUGGUUUGACCGUCACUGUGUUGAAGAUGGCAGAGGGGUAGUUUGGAAAUGAAGUGUUAGUACAUGGGAAGGUUUCUCUGUGGUGAACUCCCACAAACUGCUGCUCAGAGUCAUCUAUGCAGAUAUCCUGACUUAUUUAAUCCUUUUAAGUUCAAAUAUCUACCUGUUGGCAUUUCACAAGAUCUUGUCAUUUAACUGACAUUUUAGGACAGCCAAGAACUCGAGGGUCCGAGCAUCAAAACAUGGAUGUUUUAGGGAAGAGUUUCCCUCGUUUUUAAUCGAUCUAAAAGCUGCCGUUUUCACUCUCAUGACUCUAUCAUUCUGUCCUCGUCAACUGACAGCUGUCAGGAUUUCUGUUUUUGCUAAAUUGUUCUUUUAUAAAACUCCUUCUAGUCAGUCUUAUCACCUUGUCGGGGAAAUGUACCUGGAUCACAUAUUAAUGAGCCAUAAACUUCAAGUUUUAAUCACAUUAAAUUAUUAAGUAAUUGUUUCGUCGCUGCUAAACUGGUAUUUAUGUCCUUUGAAACGAGAGUCAUUUCGAAGGACCUAAGUAGAUGGUGUUCAUUUAUAUGAACACAGACCAGGAAGUAAAGUCAUGAUUAUUGUUAAGAGAAUUUAAGCUUGUAACACGUCAAAUGUAAUCGGUCACACUGGUAAUGACAAAUUCAUUUUGGACAACAGACAGUUUUAGGUAUUGAAGUGAGAAGUGAGUCACUUGUAAAUCACAACUAACCCUAAUAUUCCCAUCCUUGAUCUGUUGAGGAAUUGCAAAGUGACAUGAUUUCAUACCGAUGUGAGCUCAAGUGAUCAAAUGUUUGACCUUUGAUUGUUCCAAACCACAGAGCACUUCCCAGUAAUGAUACAGCUGUUUAAGAGAUUUGUGAGAGGAGAGAAGCAAUAUUAAUAUAAUAAUACCACAAUAUUGUAAAAGUUAGCACCUUAAAACCUUGAUGUUAAAGGGCUUAAGGCAGAUAUUAUAGGCUAAAAGCAAAGAAGAGCUAUUUUCAGAAAGAGAUUAUGCUUAAUUGCACAAACGCUGAUAGCAAGAUAGCAUUUCCUUCCAGAACAUUCUUUAAUCUGUGGGUCCAUGUUAUCAUCUGAAUAAACAAAAGCACUUCUGCUCCAGCUGCAUAUCCAUCAACUUUGAGAAGCCUUAUUCUAACAAUGUACAAAACACAAAAGGGUAUAUUCUGAAAACUGUAUAGAGGUAUUUUUCUUUCUUUUCAUUCUGCUGCCAGGACAUGUUGACUGUAAAGAUAUAACUUGAAACAGCCAAUGUUUACAAGAGGUUUCCCUGAGAUCAGUUCAUGCCAAUAAUUGGUAAGUAAUGUACAGUACUAACUUAUAUUUGUAGAUGUACAAAAAAUGGUAUCUGAUCAAAUGCAACUUGUAGAAAACAAGCUAUAUAGACAAUGUGUCACAAUUGUACAUGGGAAUAUAUGAACUGAGUAUUAAAUGUUCAUUUGCUGA